CGCUCAGAAUAACUGAUUCUUUUACGAACGCUCAACACCCGUUGAGUAUAGCCGGUGUCAGUAAACCUCGGCAAAAGGCAUAAUUAAAUUGUUGCCAUCAGCACAUGAACACAGCAUAACCAGCGCGAGAAAGGGCGAGAAAAUGGUCAGAGUGAGGUGUUCUCUCAUUUAUGCCAGGAAGUAGCUAGCAUGCUAGCUAACUUUAGCCAGUUAGCUUGGGUGCUUCACUGCCGUUGUGAGGUCAGAACGCUCGGAUCAACCCUACUCCUCGGCCAGAGCGUCCAGUGCUCUCCGAGAGCGAAACGCUCUGAAUUUACGAAAGGGCAAUCUGACAACGGUCUGCGUGUUUUUAAAUUCCGAGCGUUGUCAGAUUGUCCGUUCGUAAAUUCAGAGCGGACAAUGUCCUCUGGCACUCCAGAUUAAAUUUACGAACGCACCCUAUAAUCGUGACGCGUAGUUCUGUGGAUCAUCCACAUUAUUCUGAAUGUAGAACAGGUCAAGAGGGGUUUCCCUAAUUACUACAGUCACAAAGUCACAAUUGGCUAUAGUAAAAAUGAUAUGGUGAGUCAUAAGGUUAGCAGUGUAUUUAAGGGUUAAGUUUUAAAUUGUAUUUGAAGAAGAUAAAUUGUAGAUAUAGGCGGGGUUUAUGGCUUAGUGGCUGUGGUAAUUAGUAAUUAGUGACAACAUUCAUCCAUUCUGAAACUGAUGAGGCGAUUAGCCUAGAUUUAGUUUUACUACGUGUCAGUUCGGUGGUGAUCAAUACUUGACAAUGGCUGGGGAAAUGUCUAUGAUCGGAUCGGUCAUUCUGGCUUUAUUUCUGGCUGGCUAUCUGGGCCAGCAGUAUCUGCCUCCACCGAAACCCAAAGUGAUCGGCCUAGAUCUGGGGACCACUUUCUGCUCCGUAGGAGUAUUCCACCCGGGUACCGGGGAUGUGGAGGUGAUAGGGGAUGAGGAGGGGCGGAAGAGCAUCCCUAGUGCGGUGUCGUUCACAUCUACCGAAGUCCUCGCCGGUCACGAGGGUCAGGAUCUGGCCGACAGCAAUCCUGAAAACACCAUCUAUGAUGCCAAGCGGUUUAUUGGAAAAAUAUUCGAACAAGAGCUCCUUGAGCAGGAAAGUGCUCGUUAUCCAUUCAAGGUGAUAAACAACAAUGGCAGUGCAGAGUUCUUUAUCACCACCAAUCAGACGUUCACAGUUACUCCCGAGUUCAUUGGUUCUCGGCUGCUGCUGAAGAUGAGGAAGAUGGCGGAGCGUCACCUGGGUGUCCACAUUCAGAGGGCUGUUAUCUCUGUCCCUGCUGAGUUUGAUGAGAGACAGAGGAACUACACCAUCAGGGCUGCCAACCUGGCCGGACUGGACAUCCUGCGUGUGAUCAAUGAGCCCACAGCUGCAGCGAUGGCGUAUGGGUUACACAAGGUGGACGUGUUCAACGUGCUGGUGGUAGACCUGGGAGGAGGAACACUGGACGUCUCUCUGCUCAACAAACAGGGGGGCAUGUUCCUCACCAGAGCCAUGUCCGGUAACAACAAGCUGGGGGGGCAGGACUUCAGCCAGAGGCUGCUCCAGUACACCAUGGAGAGGGUCCGCCAGCAGUACGGCGUUCCCCCCACCCUCAAAGAGGACAUCCACCAUCUCCGCCAGGCUGUGGAGGCAGCCAAGCUCAACCUCACCCUGCAGCCCAGCGCCGACCUCAGGGUACCCCUGCACCUGGAGCCCCAAGGAGACCCCAAGCAACCACCACAGUGGCCCACCAAGGACCCAAUCCCAGUCAUCUUCCAAGCAGUCAUCACCCGUGAGCUGUUUGAAGAGUUGAAUGCCGACCUCUUCCAGAAGAUUCUGGCGCCUGUAGAGACAGUGCUGGCCGAGGGCCACCUGGGGAAGGAGGAGGUGGAUGAGAUAGUUCUGGUGGGAGGCUCCACCCGCAUCCCUAGGAUCAGGAAGCUGAUCAGUGAGUACUUUGGGAAGGAGCCCAACACCUCAGUGGACCCAGACUUGGCAGUGGUGACUGGGGUGGCCAUCCAGGCUGGCAUUAUGGGCGGCUCCUGGCCUCUACAGGUCAGUGCUAUAGAGAUUCCCAACAGACACCUCCGCAAGACCAUCUUCAAUUGAUCUAGUCGAGAGGUAGCAAGGGACUUAAGGAUGCCACCAGACAGAUACUUGCCAUAUUAAAGGAUGGUUAAUUGUGCUUCUCCAUCUUCACAAGGUGUGCAAUAGUAUUAUGAGGUUAAAAUAUGUUCUCGCAGAGAAACUCAAAUUACACCACUACUUUUUUUACUGUCAACCCAACAUAUUAGACCAACUGUAGUAGAUUGAAAAUGGUGUUCAACUCAGGGAACCUUUAUUUCAAGAGAACUGUGACCAGCCAAGACACCUUCAGCUAUUUAUUUAUUUAUAGUGUUUGUACUGUGAGUGGGGGGGGG